AUGACGGAUUCAUCGCCGCAGGAUGUUAGUGGAGACCACAUGAAUGGAGGAUGCGUUUUGAAUAUUUUUACUUAUUUUAUUAAUGUUUUGAAUCUUUCUAUACAUUUUAGGAAGAAAAAGACAAACACGCGACAAUUCGCUUGCAUUGUGGCCUUUAUGGAGGAAAAUCCCGACAUUGCGAAAGGAAAUAAGGUGACAAGUUCACGGGAAUCGGUUACUUCCUUAUGGUGGACGCUUACGGAUUCACUGAACAGUUUGGGUCCUCCCACUUGUUGUGUUGCAGCCUGGCAAAAGGUUUGGACCGACAAAAAGCUGCAGAUAAAGCACAAGCUGCAGCAUAACAAGAAAGAGUUGAGGGCCACUGGAGGUGGGCCAAAUACUCUGAAGUCGUUCAACGAUCUGGAAGAAACCAUCAUUCGCCUCCUUUCAUUGGAAUCAGCGGUCAAUCACAAUGGUUCUGUUUUUGGAACUCUCCCCUGCGUCGAGGAACCGAGAGUCACGGAAAACGAACCUAUGCAUGAUGAUGCAGCCCGUGCGGAUGAAACUGAAGGAGGUCUACCAGCAGUGCGUGGCCGUGGACGAGCAACCAAGCGAAAUUACCGUAAAGUCCUCCUCGAGAAGCAGACUGAUGAUCUCAGUAAGAUGAACCGACAUGUAUUACGCUUCAUUCUAUUCUUCCGGGUAUCCAAGGAGAUCUUCAAGUACCUGCGAAAAUCAACCCAGUGCAGCUCUCCACAUCGGUUCCUCCCAUGA